AUGUCAACUGCGUACCAAAGGUCACGGGUCUAUUGUUACAGAGACACCAGUGAAAACAUUCUCAGUCGCGAUACAAUCCUCUUGGUUUACUCAUCUUCCUCUCGUUGCCGGACAGAAAACCUGGCGUUUCCAUUGUAAAAGGGUAAUAGUUAGCCUCUUACACCACAUCUCUUUGAUACCUUAGACACAGUUUCGCUACCGCCAACCAAUACCUCGGGAUCACCUUUUAUCCACUACUGCAAAAGCAAAGUCACGACCAGUUGACAGCAGUAGCAUCAGGAUCACGCUCCCAGAUCGUCACUUCGCUUCAGCUUGCACAUCUCUGUCACAAUGGCUGAAUCGACAUCGGCCCCCAAGCUCAACAUCGACGUCGAGUUCUCUGGCGGCCUGGAGAUGCUCUUCUCCAACAAGAGGCAGCAUGCUCUGACCAUUCCCGCGGCAGAUCAGGACGGGAAACCCGUUGACAUCGCGUAUUUGAUCGACCAUCUAUGUCAGAAUGUCAUGGAUGAUUCUCGCAAAGAUCUUUUUGUUCUAGACAACCACCUUCGACCAGGUAUCCUGGUUCUGAUCAAUGAUGCAGACUGGGAGCUCGAAGGUGAGGAGGCCUAUGAGAUCCAGAGCGGUGACAACAUCUUGUUUGUCUCAACGCUACAUGGAGGUUAGAUUGUUGCACUCUUCGUCCGCUUUAGGCCUCAAAACAUCACCGCGGGUCGGUCAGUGCAGUACCGGUACGGCUUUUAUUGAAGAAUUUCUACAUGCAUGCACAUAUACAUACAAAUCUACGCAUUCCUACGUAUGCGUACAGAAA